UCCACGCGUGUCCAGCCUCCCCCUCCACUGCGCCGCUCCUCCAAACUUCUCCAACUCUCUCCUGCUCCUUCAUCCUGAUCCGGUCUCGGGUCUCGGACUCAUCCCCUCAUCCUCCUCCUGUCUUCAGCCUCGGAGCAGAGAACCCAUGCCGGCCUUGGUGGCUCUCCUGGCCGCCUUAGCGCUCCUCUCUGCGGGCUCCAGGAGCUCCGUGGCUGGGGUGAACAGCUCCGCGGUGGUCCGGGUGCAGAGCCCCGGGGAAGGGGACGGGUCUGCGGGGCUGUCCAGAUGUCCUGGCCGCUGUCGGUGCGAGGUGGACGGUCUCCUGCACCGGGUGGACUGCUCGGACCUGGGGCUCCGGGAGGUACCGAGGAACCUGAGCGUGUUCACCUCCUACCUUGACCUCAGCAUGAAUAAUCUGACUGUGUUGUCCAGCGGAGAGUUGUCCAACCUGCACUUCCUGGAAGAGCUACGUUUGGCAGGAAAUGAUCUGUCCUUCAUCCCCAGAGGAGCGUUCAAUGGCCUCUACAACCUCAAAGUGCUGAUGCUUCAGAACAACCAGCUGAGGUCCGUUCCUGACGAGGCCUUUAACAACCUGCACAACCUGCAGUCGCUACGUCUGGAUGCCAAUCACAUCUCCGACGUUCCCGCCGGUUGUUUUUCCGGCCUCCGUUCGCUCCGUCAUCUUUGGUUGGAUGAUAACUCUCUGACGGACGUCCCGGUGGAGGCGCUCAGUGACCUCCCCGCCCUGCAGGCCAUGACGCUCGCCCUCAACCACAUCAGCCACGUGCCCGACCACGCCUUCAGCAAACUGGGCCGCCUGGUGGUGCUGCAUCUCAACAACAAUAGGAUCGUUUCCAUGGGAACGAGCUGCUUCCACGGACUCCACAGUUUGGAGACGCUGGAUUUGAACUACAACAGCCUGGUGGAGUUUCCCACGGCCAUCCGCUCACUGAGUCACCUCAAAGAGCUUGGUUUCCAUAGCAACAACAUCCAGUCCAUCCCGGAGCACGCCUUCACAGGGAACCCUUCACUGAUCACCAUAUUCUUCUAUGAUAAUCCGAUCCAGGCCGUCGGACGCUCUGCUUUUCAGAAUCUGCCGGAGCUUCGCACACUGUCCCUGAACGGAGCGGCCGACAUCACUGAGUUUCCAGACCUGACGGGGACGAAGAGUCUGGAGAGUCUGACCAUCACAGGAGCUCGUAUCACCUCUUUGCCCGGUUCAGUGUGUGAACAACUUCCAAAGCUGCAGCUGCUUGAUCUGUCCUUUAAUCAGAUCCAGACUCUUCCCAGCUUCUCCGGCUGUGAGAGUAUCCAGAAGAUAGAUCUGCACCAUAACGAGGUGGAGGAACUGGAGGAGAACACCUUCGCCGGCCUCAUGUCGCUACGCUCGCUAGAUUUGUCGUGGAACAGAUUGUCGUCAGUGAAGCUGAACUCGUUCUCGGCUCUUCCUGCUCUCACCAAACUGGACCUGUCGUCCAAUCAGCUGUCGUCGCUGCCUCUGAUUGGUCUGCAGAGCUUAACUCACCUGCGUCUGGCGGGAAACGAUCAGCUGAUGGAGUUAAUUCCCCGAGAAGACCUUCCCCGAGUCAGGGUGAUGGAGCUUCCUUACGCCUUCCAGUGCUGCGCCUUCGUCUCCUGUGAGCGAGGAGGAGGAGGAGGAGGAGGAGGAGGAGGUUCGUCCUGGGAGAGAGAGGAGGCGUCAGACUCAACAGGGGGAGACGCCGCUGUCCUCUCUGGUGGACAAGUUGAUCAGGACUGGGAGGAUUUUCUGAUGGAGUUUGAAGAUGAACCCAAACCUCAGCACUCUGUCCACUGCAGCCCGGCACCAGGACCGUUUCGUCCCUGCCUUCAUCUUCUCGGCAGCUGGACGAUCCGUGGAGGGGUGUGGCUCAUCGCAGCGAUCUCAUUGGUCAGCAACAGCCUCGUCGUCCUGUCCGUCUUCUUUUCUCCAGCCUCCUCGGUCACGCCCCCCAAGCUCCUGAUUGGCCUGCUCGCCCUGGUGAACGGCCUCAUGGGAGUGUGGAGUGGUUGGUUGGCCGCGGUGGACGCAUGGACCUUUGGAAGCUUCUGGAGGUACGGUGCAAAGUGGGAGACCAGCUUCCUGUGUCGACUCAGCGGUUUCCUGUGCGUGUUUGCGUCACAGACCAGUCUCUUCCUUUUGACCGUCGCGGCUCUGGAGCGAUGCCUCGCUGCUACCUCCCCCACCACCUCCCCCAUCUCCACCUCCACCAUCACCUCCACCACCUUCGGACGCUCAAAUAAACCUGAGAGGAACAGCGGUCGCUCCAUGUCGCAGCCCUCCGUCCGUCUGUCCGUCGGUCUCUGCUUCCUCCUGGGCUUCGCCGUCACGCUGCCCCCUCUGGUGGCCGGACACAGUACUACCUCCCUCUGUCUGCCGCUGCCUUCCUCCUCCUCCUCCUCCUCCCUGGCCUUCUCCGUCUCCCUGGUGCUCUUCGACUCGCUUUGCUUCCUCCUCAUGACUCUCGCCUACACUCGCCUCUAUUGUCGCGCCAGCAAGGCUCCGCCCACCUCGGAGGAGGAGGCGGCAUUGACUCGACACGUGGCCUGGCUUCUGUUCUCCGACUGCCUCCUCUUCCUCCCCGUUGCCUUCCUCUCCUUCUCCGCCCUGCUGAGACUCCCCUCCACCAGCGCCGCCGGCCCGGAGGCGGCGAAGGGGGUGCUGCUCCUCGUGGCGCCGUUACCGGCCUGCAUCAACCCGCUGUUAUACCUGCUUUUCAACCCGCUUGCAAGGGAGGAGCUAGCAACGCUCGCCAAGCGAACCUGUGGGGGCGUGGCCAUCCCAAAACUCCACAGCAGAGGAGGAGGAGGAGGAGGAGGAGGAGGAAGCACGCUGGAUUCAGCGUACGAUGAGGACGCAGAGAAGCAGUCGUGUGACUCAACGCAGGCGCUCGUGGUCGUCGGAGGCGUUAAAGAAGACGAAGAAGAGGCAGCGGGGCGAGGAAGGGCGCGACAUUCGGUGGCGUUUGUUGCUCCACGUCGCUAAACUCGCAAACCAAGAGUUUCAAAUUCUGACCUGACAAAACCAUUUCAGUUUAUCCCGUAGACGGUAGAAAAAAAUGGACGCCACGACAGCUCCUAUGACUUAUACUGCAGCCAGCCACCAGGGGGAGCUCCACAGGCUUAACCCUUUUAACGUGUUAGAAAGAUGCCGACGUAUUUUGUGUUAGCGACACAAAUUGACGUAGUCCAUCCCAAAAUUGUCAAAAAAUAAUGUUCAUCCAGUUUUUGUUUUUCAGCUCAUAUCUAACAUUUAUAUCCAUGUAAACACUGAAUUAAAUGUUAUUUUUUGGCUCGGCAGACCUUUAGCAGACCAUCUAAAAAAAAUUGUAAAUUGAGCCACAUUUGAUCCACGGAGCUCCCUAAGACGUUUUUCUAUGAUCGAUGGGUUCACCAAUAUUCCUGGAAGGUUCGUAUUUCAAGUAUUUUACCUUGUAACCGAGUCAAAUUUGAUGCUAACACAACAUAAGGGUUAACAGGAACUGUCAUGGCGCCAUGUUUUCUACAGUCUACGAACAUAAGACGGACUGAUGAGACUCUGAGGCAGCAAAUGUAGCAGAAAGGAAGUGAAAGGAAGUAAAACCACAGGACAACAUGUACUCGUUUACCUUUUUCCGCGCCUCCUUUCAUCUUUAAUUAUCAAAUCUCAAUCCUGACCCCGAGGACAAACACAAAGUCAGCACGAAGAGGGGCUGUAAAUUCACCAGCUUUUAUUUUGAAAUACAACAGAAUUUACAGCCCCGUGUUUCCAAAUGUUCGACCAAACGCCAGCGGCGACGACUCGUGUUUCUGCGAGUGUGUGUGAAAUCUGCAGCGUCUGUGUGAUUUUUAUCACAGAGUCGACCUCGACACUGAAAACGGGAAUCAAGACACACAAAAAUAAAUACAAAUAAAAAAAAUAAAAACAGCUGUAGCUCAUGUUCACCAGCUGGGAAAUAUAAAAACUGGUCGUAAUAUUCAUAAUAUCUCCAAAGAAACCACAGGUCAGAGCAGCUGUACAGAAUUAAACGGACCACAUGUGUGACUGUGUGUGUUCAGUAAAUGUGUUUGUACAUAUUGUUGUAAAUACAGGCUACUGUGACAAUCCUAGUGUUUUCCUUUUGUUUAGUCUUUGCUGUUUGUAAUGUUUUGAAGAGUUGUACAGAUAUUAUAUUCUAUAUUUUACACUUGGUGUCAUUUUACAAGAACACAUCUAAUUGACUCAUCACUGCCCCCUUGAGGUUGGAUGAUGAAAAACAACAACCUGUAUUUGCCUUUUGAAGGAGAGUGUAUUUCCUCAUGUGGCCACAAGGGGUCAUCAUGACCAGAAGCUUAGGUCUGUGUUCACUUCAGGGACACUCGCUUUGCCGGUUCAUUAGGUACACUAGAGAAUGUAUUCUGAUAUAAGAGUCCUGCUCUGAAUCUAAACUACAGGACGGUUCUGGUUUUGUGUUUGUAUCGUAGUCUGAGUCUUUCUGAAGUCCAGAUAUUAACUGUCCCCGUAAUCCUGCGUAGAAUCACACGCAUGCGUCCGGAUCAUCUUCACCAGUUCAUUCUAUGAUGUUUAUUUAGUACAGACGGACGUAAUGACAAAAUGUGACAUAAAUGUAAAUCUGCAGAGAAAACUAUGAAAUGGAGUGCUAAAUGCUACGCUAAGUGCACGCUAACAUGCUAACAUCAUUGCAUUUCUGUUGGUUGGAUACAAGGAGGUUACAGUCACAUGUACAAAUAAUAGAUGGCCACUUUAUUAGGUACAGGUCCUACUCUAAAUCCAGUCUACAUGAAGGUUCUGGUAUUUUCUAGUUCUAUUGACUUGUAGCUUGUUUCUAAAAUAUAUAUCAUCUCCCCCGAACCAACUCCGUCCUCCACAAUCACACAACCACCGUCCAGGUGAAUCACCACCUUUCAGACUCGGCUUUAUUUAGACAGAAAGACGUGGUGCUGCUGUACCUAAUGAACUGGACAGGGAGCUGGAGACGAAGACCAGAUGUCUGGGUUGGAAAUCGGGACCAACAUCUGCCGGGAAUGAGCCUCAAACGUCCUCUGGAGGAUUAGUUUUUAAUGUUUUCAACACUCUCUGUGUUUGGUGUUAAAUUUGAUGAUUUCUCUGUGUUGCACGAAGGAAAAACUCACAAUCUGCAAUAAGCUUCGACACAAAUCUUUUUUUUUUUCUCCAUGAGCGAAGACGUGAGACGUCGUUAAAAGCUGAAGCUGAUGUUUUUCUUUUUUUUGAUGUUCAAUGUGUGAAUUUGUGUUUAGAAAACCAAAUGUCCUGAGUUUUUAUUUCAGGUUAAAUUUCUUAAAAACAACAAAAAAAGAAGAGUUCAGAACUAAAAUAGUUGUUACUUCAGAAAUGAAUUCUGUUCCUGUAAAAUAUGUGAGUGUUUUUAGUUUGUGGCGUAAAUAAAGAAACAGUUUGACUGAAA